AUGGAAGAUUCAGCGCAACAGACUGUCGCACCCAUAGAACUUGCUCUUGACCUGGAGUACAUUGACUCUAAUCUUUAUCGGAGCAAGCAGCUAUGGACCCCUGCUGGAAAUCGGGGAGUUUUUGGUGGGCAGGUAGUGGGUCUUGCACUCAGUGCUGCUGCAAAAACAGUAGACUCCAAGUUUCAAGUUCAUGUCAGAAAAUCGUACGCUAGUCGUACUGUGACUGCCCGGCAACGAGGCCGUGUCAUAUUUAUGCUCAUGUGCUCCUUUCAGGUUGAGGAAUUCUCGCCUCUGGCUCAUCAAUAUGACAUGCCAAAUGUCCCACUGCCCGAGUCAUUGAAAAGCACUGAACAGCGUCUUCGAGAAUGGCUCGAAGAUCCACGCGCUGAAAAAUACCACAAAACCAUUCAAAUGCGAUUGGAACAGCAUGAACUGCUCAACACUAGUCUUAUUCCACAUGGUCUUGCUCGUCUUGGUGGACAUCGCAAGCUGACCAUGCUGACCAGUCUCGAUCACGCUAUUUGGUUUCAUGCACCGUUUAGGGCUGAUGAAUGGCUUUUGUACGUCAUGGAGAGCCCACGAUCUAUUGGUGGGCGAGGGUUUGCUCAUGGCAGGGUGUACACGCAAGAUGGACGAUUGGUGAUGUCCACUGCCCAAGAAGGAGUUGUCCGAGUCAACACAUCUCCUAAAACGGAUGAAUCUGAGCCUUUAGCUACGGGUAAAUUUACACCAUUAAAAUAUACUGUAUCGGCCAAAAUUUAA